CCAGCACAAAACUGGCAGCCAUAUGGCCAAACCAGUUAGUCGUCUCAAAGAGCUGCACACGCCAGCAACGUCUCUACUUGCGUCGAUAAAGAAAGCAAAGUAUAUAAAAAAUAUUAAUAUCGCGUUUGUCGUGCCAAAAAGAUUAAAAAGUAAUUGCAGUCGAAACAACUGUAAUGCAAAAGUGUAUGUGCAAGAAAGAUAAAGCAAAGGAAUAUAGAAAAAUGUGCUAAGCAAAAAGAAAGUACAGCGGACUAGGAAAUACAUAAAGAGAAAAUGCAAAUCUGUUGAGUAUAAGGAAAAAAUAUCAAAUACACACGAUUAUAAAUAAAUCCAUAACCAGCUGUAAACUGUAAAAACUUUAAGCCAAGUGCGAUAACUAGAACUAAAGGCUAAAUGACUAUGACUUCAACUGUGCUGCAGCGUCCGGUAACAACAACAACAAUAACAACAACAGUGGAUAAACAAGCAGCAAAGGCAACAAAAGCAACAACAAGAAGUCGCAACACAAUGGCCUGGUCUCAUGAGAAAUUGCGUUUCUCAUGCAUCGAUAACAUUGGCCUAAAGCAACUAUGGAAACUGAUUGCAUUGGACACGGCCAAUGCCGCAGCUCCAACAACCAACAAUAACAGCAGCAACAACAAAUCUGCCAGUGUGGAGCGUCCAAAAGCCAGCAGCAACAACAACAACAGCAACAGCGACAUUAACAAUGAGCGCCUAACCAUACCCUACGAUAAUCUGGGCGACUAUUUGGGCCAACACAGAGCCGACCAGGGUCAAAAUCAACAGCAUAUGUCACUGCUUAAGUUCUUGGCCAUUAAUGCUUUGGAACUGAGUGCACCUGCCACACCCUUGCUCCUUCAGCAACAGCAGCACAAACAGACGCAAUUGAAGCCACUCGGCUGGAUGCAGCUCUCCGGGCAUCCCGAAAGCAUUGUGCCCACCACGACGGGCAUUGUGCGGAAACGGAUCGUUGGCAUCGAGGAUAGCGAGGUGCUUGCCUAUCAGUUGAUCUCUCAGGAGCCAAAGACUUCACAGAUUGUGCCCGCCUAUUUGGGAUUGCGAGAGUUGCAGUCACAGCAUUAUAUUGAGCUGCAGGAUCUGUUGGCUGGUUUCAAAGAUCCCUGUGUGAUGGACAUUAAGCUCGGCAGCCGCACAUUUCUGGAAUCGGAGGUCAGCAACAAGACACUGCGUCCGGAUUUGUACCAGAAAAUGAUCGCCGUGGAUGCGAGUGCGCCGACUGAGGCAGAACACGAGGCCCAGGCGAUAACCAAGCUGCGUUACAUGCUCUUCCGCGAGUCCUUAUCUUCCUCACACUCCAAGGGCUUCCGCAUUGAGGCGCUGCGUCUGCGAGGUCGUCCACCCCUCAAGGAUCUGAAGACGUGUCGCAGCGGCGAGCAGAUAUCACAGACCAUCGAACAGUUCCUCGCCGCACGCAGGUCCGUGCAAAAGGAACUGCUCAAGCGGCUUAAGCACAUGCGCCUCGUCAUCGAGCAGUCGGCCUUUUUCAAUCGCCACGAGAUUGUUGGCUCCAGCAUAUUCAUUGUGUACGAUGAUCAUCGCGUGGGCGCCUGGCUGAUCGAUUUCGCCAAGUCUCGACAGCUGCCGCCCCAGCUGAGCGUCAAUCAUCGCAGCCCCUGGACGCCUGGCAACCGUGAGGAGGGUCUGCUCCGUGGCAUGGACGAGCUGAUCCAUGCCUUCGAGGAGGUCUACGCACGGAGCAGCAGUCAUCGUGGCUGCCUCAAAAUCUGAAUUGAGCUGCCAGCUGUGAGGAACAGCCACGCCCACCUAUAUAGGCAUUUUAAGACUGAUUUGCACUACAAUUUUUUAUUGUACAGAUCUGGAUCUGAAUAAUAAUCUCAUUGCAUCGCCACACAAACAAACAUAUCCCGACCCGCUUUGACUAUUUUCCAUAUUGGAAGCAUCCAUCUAAGCGUUAGACUUGAAAUAUUUAUAUAGAACGAUUAGUAUUGACCACCAAGCAGCAUUUGUUUGAUUGAAAACAAGUUUAACUUCAUUUAAGUAUUAAGUGUAGAAAAAAAAAGCAAUAAGAAUUUUACAACUGUGAAUUUGUACGCAAGAAAUAAAAUCUCAAGAGAAUAAGAUGAAAA